CACCUGGUUUCCGUUAGUUGUUCGGUGAGCUCAGAACGGUGUCGCUUUCGUCCCCCUCACAUCUACAAUUCUACAGUCUAGGGGCAUUAAGGCUUAAGGCCCAACAGGUAGUGGGUUAAGAAACACGCUUUCAUUCGUUCAGCGGUAGCUCUCGCAUAUUGACACCACAAUCAACCAGUGACGAAAACAGUUUUUCUUUUAAAAGUCCCUUUUAAAUUUCUUUUGAUGAUUCUACUCGGGUGGAUUGGUUGUUAAUCUGAAAGUGCAAAUGUACAAAAGGCGCGAAAAAAUUGCGCAUUCAUCAAUUUUUGUGUAUGACCACUUUUUGCAAUCGAAUAUCGCUUAUUGUGCCAUAAGUGACAGAAGUGAAAUAAUCAAAAAUGGUUUUCUUCGGUCGGAAAGAAAAAAUGGAUGAUCGUCGAUUAUUGGCGAGCAUGGAUGCUGUGAAUGGAGCCAAAGUACAUCAUUUUGAAAAUGCUGCCUUCAUGCACGUCAGAGAUAAUAUCGAAGAACUCGGAAAAGUCGCUGAUGAGACGAACCUCCUUUUCCUCAAGGGUCUCCUAGAUGACCCAGUUGUAGAAUCACUGGUUAGGGUUCAGGAGCGUUUGGAGGAUCCACCAGCUCCCCUAGAGCCAGUUCAUUCAGAUAUUUGUGACAUAGUUGAUGAGAUUUGUCACAAGUAUCUAUACUCCUAUAACAAAAACGCAAGAGAAUUAGUUGUGCUAUUGAAAAGUUUACACCUUAAGGCCCUUUUGGAAACUCACGACGCUAUAGCAAAACUUCGUGAUUCGCCACCUAGUCCAAAUCCACGAUUUUUGAUCAUGCCAGCUGACGAAAGAACGGAAGCCGUCAGAAUGGUCGGGCUGAGAAGACAGCCUGACGAGCCUCUGGGACUCACAGUUCAAGUGGACGAAUCUGGAAAUUUAAUAAUAGCUAGGAUAUUAGGCGGUAGUACUGCAGCAAAACAAGGACUUUUGAGGAUAGGUGAGGUUAUUCUUGAAGUCAAUGGAAAAGCAGUUCACACACCAGAUGAACUUCAACAGUCAAUACUAGAAGCCAAUGAAAAUCUCACCCUAAAAUUGGCACCAGGAAUAGCCACAGAUGGAAUCAAGCCCAUAAAAUCCACAUGCUACAUGAGGGCUUUGUUUGACUACUUCCCAGCAGAAGAUACCCUACUACCCUGCAUGGAAAUUGGCCUUCCCUUUCAGAAGGGUGACAUCCUCCAAAUUGUGGACCAAGCCGACCCAAAUUGGUGGCAAGCUCGAAGAGUAGAGGGUGAAGGUCUAGGACCUCCAGGACUCAUACCUUCCCUUGAACUUGAAGAAAGAAGAAAAGCCUUUGUGCCUCCAGAGGCAGAUUUCGUACACAAAAUAAGCAUUUGUGGAACGAGGAUUUCUAGAAAGAAAAAGAAAAAGAUGUACGAAUCAAAAUCCAACGGCGAAUUUGAUGCCGCUGAGUUACUUCUCUAUGAAGAAGUUGCUAGAAUGCCACCUUUCAGACGCAAGACUCUGGCUCUAGUUGGCCCCCGUGGUGUGGGAAGACGAACACUGAAGAAUAGGCUAAUUAACAGUGAUCCUGAGAAAUUCGGAACAAUCGUACCUUUUACGUCACGGCCACCGAGAGUCCUGGAAGAAGAUGGCAGAAGCUACUGGUUCACUGAUCGUGACUCCAUGGAAGUUGACAUCAGGGAACAUCGUUUUCUGGAACAUGGUGAACAUGGAGGCCAUCUUUAUGGAACCAAAUUGGAUUCAGUGAGAGAUUUAAUUAGAGCUGGUAAAAUGUGCGUUUUGGAUUGCAGUCCGGCAGCUCUCAAAAUUCUUCACAAUAGCACAGAAUUCAUGCCAUACGUCAUCUUCAUAGCCGCGCCAGGAAUGGAACAACUCAAAACUUUGUACGACCUUGGAAGGUCGACUGGAGCGAGUAAUCGAAAUUUAACGUUCGACCGUCAGAGCUCCAUCAGGUACAGUUCGAGAAGAGCCAGAACUUUGGAGUCCCUGGCUUCUUUGUACGAGGAGGAUGAUUUAAAAUCGACGUUAGAAGAAUCAGCAGCCUUACAAAGAGCCUACGAAAAAUACAUUGACCACGUUAUUGUGAACGAAGACUUCGACAAUACUUUCAGACAAGUAGUAGCCGCCUUAGAUGCCUUGGCUACUGAACAUCAAUGGGUCCCAGUAAAUUGGAUCUACUAAAUGAUCCAAAAAAUGCCAGAUAAUAUUUAUUAACGUCACGUAUGUCACGAUAAAUCUGUGUUACCAGUAUCUAUUUAGGCCAGCAUGUUGAAAAAUUGAAAGCGAAAAAAAUCUAAAAUGUGGAUGGAAUCCACCAGACAUCAAAUUUUUCUCAAAGAAAAUCAGAAAGACAGCUGGGUUUUUCGUUGCUGUCACAGCGAGUACAAGAGUAGUAUUUACGUUAGUUUGUUAGUUUCUUAUAAUCAACCCGUUAACUAUCUUCCGUCAAUUAAUAUCAAUAAAUUUAUAAUACCAAAAGAAAAGUUGCAAUAACCCUAGCGGAGCGCGUAAACAGAACGGUUACAAAACUGCGUGACCGUUCCGUUCACUGAGCCCGCCAGGGUAUAUUUUCAUCCCUUUUGACGUUUACUCACAAUUUCACGUAGAACUUAGCACAAAAUUGUGAAUAAAUGUGAAAAAGGAUGAAAAUGUUUUCUACGGUGUCACUAUGUUGUCACUUUACGGUCACGGAAUCCGCUAGGGAAUGCAUACUGUUAGGGAAGAAAAAAUCAACAGAAAGAAGUUUUAAAGUGAACGGGUUGUGAGCAUUAGACGGCCGUCCAAUUAUUUUUAAGAAGUUUGAGAAUUAUUAUUUAGUAUAUUUUUAGCUGUUGUAAACGGCGGAUAUUCUCCGGGAAGAUUUUUAUUAUUUGCGCCUGGCUCUUUUCUCCGUACACACUAUUCCUGGCACCCAGUGCCUUAAACUUGUGAACCACUACUGGGACACGCCAUACAAAGAAGAGUAUUCUAACGAGAUAAUAAAUUAAAAACGAGAUUUACGUACUGCAUAUUUUCUAUGAGGAUUGAGUACUAGCACGAAAUGUAGUAAAACAAAUCGAGAUAUACUUAUAUAUACUUGUACAACUGUAAAAUUAUUGUACAUCGAUAUGAGUCAUGAUCUCGUUUCAAUGAGUGAUACCAAGAGCGAAAUAAAGUUUAUGAGACAUUUGUUACGAA